AUGCCCAAGUCUGUCAAGGGAGCCGCGAUGACGCGAGAGGCCAGGAACAAGCCCUACAAACGUCGGGACAAGUCUCGAAAACCCAGUCGCCAAGCUCAAGCCGCUUCUUCCAAAAAAGGAACUGCUUCAAAGUCCACCGGCACUGUCGAGAACAGCAACUUCAAUGAGAUAACGACGGCCACGAAUGUCCCAGGACUCCUCCGGCUUCCUCGAGAGCUGCGAGACAUGAUCUACGAGUACACAGGCACCCUCCCCUGUGACGAAAAUCUCUGGGUGAGACUUUCGGAUAUUUACACUCCACGCAAAAUGUGGACGUGCGACGUUUGCUGCAAGAUCGGAUAUGAUUGCUACUGUCGUCGCCCAGCGCUAUUUCUUGUCUGCGGUCAGAUUAGAGAUGAAGCGCUCGACUUCUUCUUUGCCCGAAACCACUUUCAUUUCGAGACCAGCGCCUAUUUCAGCCUGGCACAGCUGGACAAGACAAGCAAUGGACGCCACAUCCGCGCGGCGCCUGCUCUGCGGUCCCUUUGGGCAGAAUGCCUCUCUCGCUUACGUUCUAUCGGAUUCACCCUAAACAAAAAUUACACGCUUGGCAACCGAUUAAUGCUGUCUACCCUGGCCCGACGCUCUCCUCUCCUGACUAAACUGACCAUCUCUACGCAAACUUUUUGGACAAAGCAAGAUUGGGUCGACGAUUUCUUCAACCACCUCGAACAAAUCCCCACUUUGACGACUGUCGGCAUUGUAAACCCAUUCUUCAGAUUUUUUGCGCAACAGGUUUUCAAGAAGAUGAGCUGCCAGCUGCAAAUAGUGUGCGAUUACCUAGAUUUUCGCAAUGGCAUUCGAAGGGAUACUCCGGACCAUAUGUAUUUCACCAACGUGUCCAUGGGCGUCAUUUGA